GCACCUGAGCGCGGCCCCAGCCCGAGCCCCGCCGGCCGCGAUGCUCUAGGGACCGGCCGCGUCCUCCCGCCGGACCGUUAUCCGCGCCGGGCGCCCGCCGGACUCGCCGGCAAGAUGCCGCGCUCUUUCCUGGUCAAGAAGCAUUUCAACGCCUCCAAAAAGCCCAACUACAGCGAACUGGACACACACACAGUGAUUAUUUCCCCAUAUCUCUAUGAGAGUUACCCCAUGCCUGUCAUACCACAACCAGAGAUCCUCAGCUCGGGAGCGUACAGCCCCAUUACCGUGUGGACUACAGCAGCUCCAUUCCACUCCCCACUACCCAAUGGCCUCUCUCCUCUUUCUGGAUACCCCUCAUCCUUGGGGCGAGUGAGUCCCCCUCCUCCAUCUGACACUUCGUCCAAGGACCACAGUGGCUCAGAAAGCCCCAUUAGUGAUGAAGAGGAAAGACUACAAUCCAAGCUUUCAGACCCCCAUGCUAUUGAAGCUGAAAAGUUUCAGUGCAACUUAUGCAAUAAAACCUAUUCAACUUUUUCUGGGCUGGCCAAACAUAAGCAGUUGCACUGUGACGCCCAGUCUAGGAAAUCUUUCAGCUGUAAAUACUGUGACAAGGAAUAUGUGAGCCUGGGCGCCCUUAAGAUGCACAUUCGGACCCACACUUUACCCUGUGUCUGCAAGAUCUGUGGCAAGGCGUUUUCCAGACCCUGGUUACUUCAAGGACACAUUAGAACUCACACUGGGGAGAAGCCUUUUUCUUGCCCUCACUGCAACAGAGCAUUUGCAGACAGGUCAAAUCUGAGGGCUCAUCUGCAGACCCACUCGGAUGUAAAGAAAUACCAGUGCAAAAACUGCUCCAAAACCUUCUCCAGAAUGUCUCUUCUGCACAAACAUGAGGAAUCUGGCUGCUGUGUAGCACACUGAGUUACGCAAUCAAUGUUUACUCGAACAGAAUGCAUUUCUUCACUCCAACUCCAAAUGACAAAUAAAAGUCCAAAGGCAUUUUCUCUUGUGCUUACCGACCAGAUAAUGUGUAUAGGCGCGUGCGCGCGCACGCACACACACACACACAAACAGGCGCAUGCACACACACACACACACACACACACACACACUAAAAGCUGCAAGAGCACGAAAUCCAUGUGUUCAAAGUUAAUCCUUUCCAUGUGAAGUUUGAAAUUACUAUAUAUUUACUGACAGCUAGAUUGAGAGGAUAAAAGACAAGAAUCUUUCUCUUCAAAAGAUGAAGCAAAAAGCACAUUGCAUCUUUUCUCACUAAGAAAGAAUGCAAAGAUUUACAUUGCUGCCAAAUCAUUUCAACUGAAAAGAACAGUAUUGCUUUUGUAAUAGAGUUUGUAAUAGAAUUUCCUAUAGGAAGAGAAUUUGCCAGACGCUAUCUCAGGUGCCUUAUAAAGUAUUUCAAGUUUACUUCAUUACAUGUCUGAUGUCUGGUUAUCAUUUUUGAACUAAAGCCUUUUUUGAUUACCUGUAAUGCUUUAAACUGUAUUUUUAAGAGAGAGACCGAGAAAGAGGGGAAAAAAAAAAAAGAACAGGAACAAAACAU